AUGGAGUUGUACGGAGUCCUGGAGUCUUUUGUGGACGAGUCGGUGAGCUCCAUUUGAUUUCACACGUUGCCAUGCAUCUAUAGAAGUCGUUACGAUUCUUCUUCGAUGCCACCAUCGUUCCGGACGAUCCAAAUGCUGAAUGGCUGCUCGCGAGCACGGAAAAUGCUGAGGAGGCCGUCGGUGUAAUGUGGCCGGGACAGUAAAUGGAAAAUGUGAAGUAAUUGUGGUCUCGGUUCAGGUGGACGACUCGAGAAAAGUUCUGGAAGAAGGGCUUCACACACACACCCCGGAAACGCGGAUCUUCUCGCGAUAUGACUGCUCGUCGAAGUCCAGCACGGUGAUGAGGUUUGCCAGAAUUUUAAAAUUAAAAUCACCCACGUUUUUGUUUUCAGAACUCGAGAGAUGCGAUCAUCAGACGGGUGGAAGGAGCCAAGAUCAGCCAGAUCAGCCAAGAAUUGCAUCUGCACGUUCAUGUACACGGAUUCGGACAUGCUCGAGCUCGCCCCCGAAUAA